GCUAAAAGUGUUUUUUAACUGGUUGCUGGAAGACGUUGUGUUUAUUUACUAAAUGGCGGACCAGCUAAGCAUUAAGGGCCGCCCCCAUAAUACGGAAGAAAAUGGGAAAGUCAAUGAAAACGGGGAACCUGCUAAGGGUAAUGUUUAUGCCACCAAAUCCGCCGAAGUACUGGUGCUUCCCGAAGCUCUGGAACAAUUGCUGGCUGUAAAGGAUCACAAAUUGACUGAGGUGAAGAGCACAGGUUGGACAAAGCCCGAGGAUAAGGAUAGAUCUAUAGACUUGGACAUCUACGAUGAUUUGGACGAGGUGAAGCACAACGAGGGUACAAAACAUGAAGAAAUGGAUAAAUCUCUGGAUUUGGACAUCUACGAUAAUAUGGACGACGUGGUGAUUAAAAAGGGGACAAAACAUGAAGAAAUGGAUAAGUCUCUGGAUUUGGACAUCUACGACGAUUUGGACGACUUCCAGAAGGCAGAGGAUCGUAAAACGAAGGAGCUCAUGGCAUUGGAGGUGAAAUACGAAAAGGCGAUUAUCGAAAUCGGGGCCCUGAAGGUUGAGAACAAGGCGCUCGAAAAAAAGAUAAAGACCAUGGAGGUGAACCUGCAGAAUCUGCUGGAUACAGCCAAGUCAGAGGUGAAAAGAAAGGAGACCCUGAUUGCUCAGCUGCGAAAUGAAAAGGACGACAUAUGCUUUAGGCGGAAGCGAGGGCGCGAGGUCCAGGAGUCGGGGCAAAAGGGCCCCGAAAGCAAGCGCCUUAAAGAGUCCCAGUCAAGAAUAGUUGCCACAAAGGAUCCGGAAAUGGAAAAAAACCCUUUCAGGACGGCUGCAAAAGAAAACAACAAGAAUUUGGAUAUGAAGAAGGCAAGCAUAAAAGAUGACAUCAAGAAGGCCAGCACAAAAGAUGAUGUCAAGAAGGCGAGCACAAGAGAAGAUCCCAAGAAAUCGGACAGACGAAGCAAGUCCCCCAAGCAGUUACAGCCCAAGGCCAACGAACGAAAAUCAAGCGCGCACACUCGACGCCCAGAGAACCGCCAGAGAUCAAGAGAUCGGCGCCACAGCCGCAGUCGGAGUCCAAAACAUAACACUAGGCGUGAAUCCCACCAGAGUCGUGAGAGCAGUGCCCGGCAUAUCAGACGACGUAGCCGUUCCCAAUCGCCCAGAAUCCAGUUGGCAGGAGAAAAGUCCCAUACCGUAACGACCCUAUGCGGCGAUAAAACGAAUGAUCUGUCGAGCAAGAGCCCUCACAUUGAGUUGGCCAAAAUGGAAACUGAAUUGCAACCGUCGAGAAAAGUGCUUUCCAAGCAAAUUGAUCAUACUUCAGAUCUUAAUAUAAAGUCCUCGACUGCAAUAAAGGAACAACCAAAAGAAGUCUCUGGUGGUUUUUUUUCCGAAAUCUCCAAAUCGAAACAAGAGUUUAUUCCGGGAUUGAACAAAAUUUCUCAGCCAGAACCCAUGGAAUUGGUUCAUAAGGAAAUUGAGCUGACCAAAAAAGUGACAAAGCCUGUCGAAAAGAUUAAUAUUAUUGUAGAGAACCAUGCAACUGGCUCUGCCCACAGUAAAUUAAAGGAGACGACGAUUCUGGGCUUAAAUCUAGAUGUGCCGAGAAAUGAUAGAAGCAGUAAAAUUAUUCCAGCAACUCUUUCUAAACCUGAGACUGAACUUCAGGACGUUCUUGAAGGCCAAAAGCAACUAGAGGAACCGCAAGUUAAAUUAGAAAAGGAAACAAAUAUUUCAAAUGAACCGAGUGACGUUCAAGCAGAUAUAAACGAAGACAGAUUAGACAACGUAGUACUUACAAAAUCUGCCGAAGCUUACACAGAAAAGUGUUCUCAGUUAAAUGAAAACACCAAAGAGUCUUCAGAGGAAGACAUUCGGACGUUGACAGAAAAUUGCACGGAACAAAAUCGAGUGACUAUACCCAACGCCGGAAUACAGAUCAUCGAGGAUAUACUGCUGCCUAAAAUAUCGUUUCCUAUUGUUAAAGUCGACAAGCAGUGCGAGCCAACAGCAAUCACGAAUUCAGCAUGUAAUGAGGACAACUUUGAAGUGGUUGACCACAACAUUCGUUUAGGCGAGACAAAGGAACCAACACCUUCCAGCUCUACCGACGAUACUCCAAUAAAGUCAGCCACUGUCUUAUACGCUAAGCCAGACUCAACGAAGGUGGACCACAAUGAUGAAAAUGACGAGGUUAUCCUAGAGGCUGCUAUGAACUUGCUGACGAGUGAGCAGGAUUCGCCAAGCGUCGCCGAUCCUACCUAUCCAAAUCUAAGUAUCGAAGAAGACGCCAUUGAGAUGGCGUUGGAGCAAUUGCAUCAGCAUUCACCAGACGACUCCGUGGUGACCUCUACAUCAAACAGAGCCCUGCAGACACCCAAACAAAACCUUAUUACCAUGCUCACCCAGUCUCCCAUUCAGGGCAGCCCUUUAAAGUCCAAGGAGGCAUCAAAGGAGAAAUCACCGAUGGCGACACCGGAAAAGUCCUGCAUUGAGAAAACCCCGCUAAAAAAGAGAAAAGUCAACAUGGAUAGUUCGACGGAGGCACCGCCAGUGAAUUUGUCGGCGGCCAGCGAGAAUGUCAGCAUGAACAAUACGUCGGGAACUAGCUUGUUCGAUGAGCCCUCAAUAGUGACCAAACGCUGUACUCUGGGAAACACCGACUACCAGUACGAGCUAAUAAAUGGCGAGACCAUAUUGCGAGUGAAGCGUCGCUGUCGACGCCGACGACCAGCACCCGCGGAAUUCCAGACGGAUAGUGCAGGCGACAAAACAAUUUAAAAAAUAUGUAAUUUUUAAUUUUUAUUUACAUUUAUUUUAAACACGUGAAAUUUUGAUUUCUGAGUGUCGCCAUUUUCUGUUAUUCAAGCCGCGACUUAAGUACAGACUUAAUCGACUUGACUUGAACCUUUGAGCAUCUUGGACCAUGAGUAGACGACGAACCAGAAGUAUAUUGCAACACCUGUUGAUUACAAUGAAUACAAUAUUAAGUUUCUACAAUUUUUACAAAACAAAAUAAUUAGCUUUAAUGUUAAUCUAAGAUUGGUAUGUCCUGGACACACCUAAAAUAAACAAUAUGCAACUUUA